GCCUGUCUUCACAAAUCAAACCAGUUCUUCAGCGCCUCUCGGGACAGGAUGGUCAUGAUGUGGGACUUGCACGGCCCCUCACAACCCAGGCAGCAGUUCUCGGGCCAUGCCAUGGUGGUCACUGGGUUAGCUGUGAGUCCUGACUCAACACAGCUGUGCACUGGCUCUCGGGACAACACCCUAGUCCUGUGGGAUGUGGGGACCGGACAGUGUGUGGAGAGAGCUUCGGUCUCCAGGAACCUGGUCACUCACCUGUGUUGGGUCCCCCGAGAACCAUAUGUACUACAGGCUUCUGAAGAUAAAACCAUCAGAUUAUGGGACAGUCGGGGGCUCCAGGUGGCUCAUAUAUUUCCUGCAAAGCAACACGUUCAGACCUACUGCGAGGUCAGUGAGGACGGACACAGGUGUCUCUCCUGCAGCAGUGGCUUUGGAGGAGAAGGCUGCGAAGCCACGUUGUGGGACCUAAGACAGACGCGGAACAGAAUAUGUGAGUAUAAGGGGCAUUUCCAGACUGUGGCAUCCUGUGUCUUUCUACCAAGAGCAUUGGCCUUGAUGCCUGUAAUCGCUACCUCAUCACACGACUGCAAGGUGAAGAUUUGGAACCAAGAUACUGGAGCCUGCCUGUUCACCUUGUCUCUGGAUGGAUCAGGACCUUUGACCUCCCUGGCCGUUGGCGACACCAUCUCCUUAUUAUGUGCAAGUUUCCGCAGAGGAAUUCACUUGCUCAGAGUGGACCACAGCUCAGGGCUGGGACUGCGGGAAGUGGCAGUAUUCUGAGGCCAAGAGACGUUUGCUGGACAAAACCAAGCCAUGGCCUCUCCUUUCCCAGUGUGGCUUUGCUUUUCCGUGUUAUCUUCAGGGGACGGCAAUGUGCGGUUGGUGUUCUUUGUUUAGGUUCACUUGUCUUAGAAGGUAUAUCAGUGUUAGAAGUCAAUGUGAAGCCAGUGGUCCAAAAUCAGGUACAGAGUUUAGAGACAUGGGUUAAACGUAAGGUUCUCAAUCUACGUUAAAUCCAAAUGCAAGUUUUAGCGAGCUCUUGGGACUGCUCUUCAGAAAAAAUAUUUAUGGCUCAAAUGGUGACCUGUUAGGCCUCUGUCAUAGGCCUCUGAGAUUCAAGACACAGGCUCUGAGUCUGUUGAACUGACCUGUUCCAUGUCUCCACAAAAGAAAGAAAAGCAAGGGGGAGAGACACUCUGCUUUGCUUGCCUCAAAAUUAUCCACACGGGAAAGAACAGUGCAGCUCCAUAGAGGAAGUAGACUGCAGACACGAGAUUCAGCUCCAGUCACUGCUCCUCGGCAAUGUGAAGAAGCAAAGUGAGGGCAAGAAAGCAAAAACCUUGGCUUCUACUCAAAAUAGUAGAAGAGAGGGUGUCAGAUCCCUGCCAGAUCAGCGUGGAGGUUACAUGAAAAUCAGACUUGAGAUGGCUUGAAGAGGCCGACAACCCCAAGGACCUUGUCAGAAUUGUAGGAGUUAUCAAACUGCGUCUGUGGAUAAGAAAAUGGAGAGGUUGCGAGAUUAAUGCUGAAAAAUUUUUAUGUGUACAUUUUAAUAUUUUUAUUGUUUUAUGUAAACUCUUUCCAGGGAAUGGCCAGAGUGAGGCAAAGGGAAUAUCUGCAAUGACAAUAGGACAUAAGUAGAGGCAUGGACUCAACUGUGUGCUCCCACUGAGCCCCACAGCGAGGAGGGGCAGGGUGCUCAGAUCUGCCUGUGUGGCCCCCAGGAGAUCAGUCUCACCUGGUACUCACAAGCCCACUUUCCUCCAGGGAAAAUAGGGUCCCUCCUGCCUUCAGGUAAGCCCACGCCUGAGACACCUGCCACUGGGGGAUCCCUUUCUGAUGAAAGAAAGAUUGUGCAUUUGUCUCUGUGGCCCCUGCCAGCCCCUGAUGCCCAUGGCUGACAGCCAUCUUCCUGUCUCCCUCCUGCUCCUCUGUAAGUCCAGCUCCCUCAAGCUGUCUCUACUGCCUGGGCAGGAGAAUCUUAAGCUACUGCAUAGCGUCAAACCUGAAUUUGACUCUCCAGUUCUCCAUUUAGCUGGAUCUUGGGCAAGUUAUGAAAUCCUCACUUGUUAUAUGGGGCCAUAAUCAUGGGUUCCUCAUGGAGCUGUUCUGAGGACUGAAUAGAACUAUAUUAAUGCCAAGCAAGGCACCAGGUGCUUAUAAAUGGUAGCCAUUGGUACUCAUUGCCCUCUGUCCAGACCAAAUGCUCUUUUCCACACAUUUACCAGUCAUCUAUCCUCCAUCUUACUUUCUAAGACUUUAGUCAUUGUUCAGCUUCCCCUUUGAUUCCUUAAGUUAUGGCCCUUGGCACUCUGGAAACACAAAGGGAUAGUGAGCACGGAAACUGCUUCAUUGAGCACCUAAAGAUUUAUUCUCACUCUGAUUCUUAUUGUUAUUCCCAUUUCACAGAUGAGGACGCUGAGGCCCAGGGACAUCUAGUCCUUUGCCCAAGG